UUUCAGUUUGCCGAUAGACUUCAUGCGAGUGGGGUUGUCGUCGGCGGUACGAGGUUCGAGGUCGAUUUUUACGUAGAGCGAGUGCGGUACCGGUGUUUUUCGAGCGCGAAUUAGUUGUGGGAUUGUUUUUUCGAUUGUUACUUUGUUUUGGACUGUUUAGAAAUUGGAUAUUAUAAGGAUUUGAAGCUGUCAAGAUGAUGAAACACGUGCAGCUUUCUCCUUACCGGAGCAGAGCUGACACAGUGUCCAUCAGUUCCACCACUUCCUACGGCAGCCUAAGUCCAGAACCUUUGGGGAGCAGGUCUUCUAGCUACUCGUCAUUGAGCGAAUCCUCAAUACAGACUACCAUCAAAGUCUACGCCAAAUGUCUACGGCCGGACAUCGAAUACAAAACCCUGAGCAUCACGUUCCAAACAUCCUGCAAGGAGGUGGUGGCAACCCUGUUGGGAAAGUACAAGAUGAAACACAGGGAUCCCAAGCUGUUCUACUUGAGUAUGGAGGUAACAGUGAGAAAAGCAGGAGUAAGGACGCAUUUGGCACUGGACGAUGAGGCCAGACCUGCUGUGCUGCAAAGUUGUCAUCCCAAAGGCGAUUCUAAGUUUUCUCUACAAACGAGAAGAGGAGGAUUGAUAAAAGUGCACGAUUCAGUUUUGAACAGCAAUUCCCAAUACAAAUCGCUGCUUAUUAGUGCCAGAACAACAGUAGAUGAACUUAUAGCCCUUCUCUUGAACUGUUACAACAGCAAAGAACCGGUGGAACAGUUUUCUUUAUACGAGGUAAAUCCCGAAAGGGAGCAACAGCGGAAACUUCAUCCAGAUGACAGACCCCUUCAAGUCCAACAAUCGUGGCUUCCAUCUCAUGAGUGUCACUUUUUGAUUAGAAGAAAUCCAGAUUAUUUACCUUUAUCCCGAAGAAAGAUCUUUUGGGUAUCAGAGUUACCACCACUGCCGGCCUCGAGACUAUUCAGGACAUCACCAAGCAGUCACCACAAUAAGCUUAUGCAACUAUCGAAAUCUUCCACGUCGCUAGUACCAGUCAAGACUACAGAGGAAAAAACUGCGACCCAACCCAAACCCAAAGAGGCAGCAGUUAUAAAGAACUUCGGUACGGAAUUGAAAGUGUUUGAACAUCAAAAUAAUCCAACAAAAAAGGGCGGACAAACAUCCUCCUAUGCGGACUAUGAGAAUUACUUUUAUAUUUGAAUGUGGCGAAGUUUUAAAAGAUAUUUCAACAAACAUAUAUAAUGAUUUAUAUUUUUGAAAAAUGUACGAUCACACACAUAUUUGUGCGUGUGAAUGUUUUAAGUUAAGAUUAUUUUCGGGAAGGGUUUGAAUAUAACACCCUACACAAUACGCUACUUAAAUUUUCACAAGUACACACAUGGGCAAAAUUAUUGCAUAUAACGAUAUUUUUAUUAUAUUUUGGACCUAAUAUGAUUCUUUUUAUAUUUUUGGACAUAUUGGCUUACUACACGACUAACUACUAUA